ACAUCGCAAACUAUCCUAUUUGCUUGCUGUAGGUUAAACAAAGUAUACCUGAUAGAAUAUUCCCCAAAUACAAUCCAUAUGGACAACAACAACACAUCAUUCAGCAGGCACAAUCCUCGUUUAGAUACCACCGCGAGUGUCGCAGAAGACCCGCUGGGAAUGCUCGCCGCACUUGCAUCACCUCCGCCGGCGACAACAAAAACACGAUCCACAUCGCUGGCCACCAACUCGUCGUUGACAACCGGUGCGUCUACAACCUCAGGAGCCACGGUCGAGGACAAACCGGACAUGCACGCAAAAAGCACCGAGCUGAGCACACCAGUCAUUGAACUGAGUUCGCCCAAAAAUAUAAACGCAUCCGAUUCUCAGUCGACAUCGCCGCGCACGACUCCAAGCAGGCAGGCAAGCUUGCUCAAGAGCUUAAGUGACCCAUCCAUGGCGAGUGAAGUGGAGACUAGUGUGACAACCGCCCGGCCAAAUGGCAUUCCCGCAACGCAACUCGAUGUUUUGGCGCUGGUCACUGCGACUAGCCCCCCUAUGCCCAGCCGCCGGAGAUGGGGGCCACACGGUACACAAAAGUCGACAUUUUUACAGAUAAUCCGCGAAGUGCCGACCACAGCCAACACAACGAGAUUGGAGCGCCCUGAAAACAAAGCCAGCGAUAGCGACACGGUAUCUGAAGACGAGCUUACGCUCCGGGCAUAUAGCACGCGGCAGAAGUCUAAAUAUGAGGAUUCCCGCAUGCCGUUAUUGACGCUCGCCUCCAGUCAGCCGACAGGUACUUCCAGUGUGCGUGCUGUGAAGACAAAACCUUUCAUCCCGUUACCUGAUGGCCAAACGCGGCACCAGCCGGACAUAGAGGCGGCACGCAUCGGAUACCAAGUUGAUCGCCAUCGGUAUACAGGCUUAAAAAGGAAGGGUAAAAGCAUGGAAAGUAGUGGCAGCACGACAGAUACCGACGAUGAUGCGUCCUCAGCACGGCAGCCGCACUUUCAGAGACGCGGCGCCCUAUCAGGAUACCCGCCUCGCGCAGCGCCGUCAUCUAGUGAUAAUGUUCCGUUUGGUCUUUUCGACGAUUCCUCUCGCCCUGCACCAGCCAAUGAGCUAGUUUUGUGCAGGAGCUCACGUGUAAAUAUGAACAAUAUUUCAAGCGAGGGCGGAUUGCAUUCGAAGCGGGGUUCUCGGCUGUCCAUAUCGCCGCCAGUGUCACCAUCGCAGCGCCAGCGAUCAUUGCGCACAAGAAGAUCACGGAAAGGCAGAACUGGUCAAAAGGAAUGCUCAGAUACUGAAACUGAUACCGAACUCGCCACCCGCCCACCGGGAUCAGACACAGAGACCGACCGGUCAAUAUCAACUCACGGUGUCGAUGCUGUUUCUGAGCCAAUUAGUACCCAAGUUAACUACAAAAGACACACGGAUGGAAUGGCUAUGUCACCAAUUCAUACGCUGAACUCAAUGGCCGAGAUUGCAAGUGCUGCCAGUAGAAUGGUUGCGCCAAACUUUUCACUCGUCGCACAACAUGCGAGACUGCCACCCAUUGCACAGAGCGGUCUUGAAUCACAGCGACGCGAUCAGGGAGCACGCGGUGCUACAAGUCAAGACAGUGACGGCGAUACUACGGAGACUGACGAUGAGUUUUUUGGGCCAUCGCGAGUUGCGCACGCGCGUGCCGCUGGGCCACUGCCCCGGAGGGUUGUGCGUCAUAUUACUAGUGCACAUGGUUCCCAGCAGCAGCAGGAUUACACAAAUCCCUCUGCGCUCCAACUCCCAGGUCCACGGCUGCCCCGCUUGUUGCCACGGCCCUUCGAUAGCAAUGGCAAGGCUUUGUCGCAUGAGGCGCCGGAAGAUCACCAAAGCGCGUAUCAGUCGUACACGCCGCCAGCAGCGAAUUUCGAUUCUUCCAAUUCUGGGCUUCAUAUGGGGCUGGGAAUCAACUCUGGCGGCAGCGGGCAGCUGGGAGUCCCCGGUUCAGGACAGUUACGCAUUCUGUCCACACCGUCGCUUGCUGCUGGCCCAGAGUUGGCGGCAGCAGUUCAAGGCGUGCCUCCGUCAUCACACGCGGGAUUUAACGGCCAGCCGAUGUUGCCACCAGCCCAAAUACCAACGCCGGUGCAUUCUCAGGCUCAGCCACCGCGGGAUGCAAGUCUGCUCCACAACAGCAGCAUGCGCCGCGAGUUUGUGAGGGAUCCGUUUGCGCCAAUAUCAGAUGAGUUUACAUUCAAGGGCGCAGCGCUGCGAAGACUGGAAAAGUCGCAUGUGCGCGGCACACCGAACGGCGGCAGAAAUAACGAGUACGUGAGCAGAAAACGAGCACUGACCGCGCCCUCAUUGCUCGAGCCUCCUGCGAGAUGGCAUGGACAGUACGGGCCAAGUGACGGGCCUUUUAAUUCGAAUACAUCGAUGCUGGACGACGAUAACACCAGCGAUUAUAGCGACGCAAUCGGACAUAACGACAUUGUAAUGGGCGACCAUUCGGCUUGCGAAUCGGAGGACAGCAUGUCACCCAAGCGUAGCCAGCAGCAGUCAAGCGGCGGUCAUAGGCGCAUGCUCGGUGCAUCGCCCAUGUCCUCGCUGCGCUCAUCACUGUUUGCUCGCGCUGAACCUAGGUACAACCAUCCGGGACAGCAGCAGCAGCAGCCACAUGUAUGGGCAAAUGGCAGCGCUUCGAACAGCCACUCCGAUCUGGAAGCAAUAUCUGCCGAUUCAUAUUUGCCUCUAAUUGAGGAGGGCACGUCUGAGGGCGGAAUGUCAAUCGGAGACGAUCCUACGACCAUGGUCACUGUUAGUCACGCAUCGCCAGGCAUGGGCGCAGGGUUGCACCGGGGCCGCAAACGAGGCCACUCUGCUAUUGCCUCGACAGCUUCGAGCCAGUCGAUUUCGCCUCUUAACGCUGAGUCUGUUGCAAUAACGCACAUGUCUCAUCGCGCUUCGCCGAUUAUAAACCGUGGCGGACUGAGUGUAGACAACUCUGGCUCUCCGCGGUCCGCCAAAGAUGCUUUGCCUUCUCGGGUUGACCCAAGCGCGAGUUGAGUAUUUCCAUCUGCUAGUUGCUUCCAGGCAUAUUCCAAUGCCCUAUCCAUUGAACAUUUUGAAAUAUUAAGUUAUUGCAUGUAUACUAAGCGAAA